UCUCUGUGUAGCUUUGCACCUUUCCUGGAACUCACUCUGUAGUCCAGGCUGGCCUCGAACUCACAGAGAUCCGCCUGCCUCUGCAGACCCCGGUCUUCUUUAAGAGCAGCCAGGGCUCUUAACUACUGAGCCAUCUCUACAGCCCCAAGAUACUGUUUUUAACAACAAGAACAAAAAAAGAAAUAGUAAAAAAUAACCAUAUAGAAAAGUAUCAACAUGUCUUUAUGUAUCUUGUGUGAGCUUGAGAUGUGUUCAAAAGAGGCAAACAGAUACUUUUGUUUUCUGUAGCUUCAGGUGGCAGGGUCUGGAGAGCGGCUCGUUAUUCCUUACGCAUCUGUGCCUGUUGCUCUGGUGGCAGCUGACAGGGUUAAUGGACUUGGAUCAAUCCAAAGAGGGAAGCAAGGGUAGAAGCCUGUAACCAUCCCCAGGGCCAGCCCAGCACCAGGCUGCCCAGCUCUGGACCAUGUCUACGAUUACCACUCGUUUCAUGUGAGCCCUGGGCUGGUUGCUUAACUCACGGCUGUGUUCUUCCACGUGUAAGACGGAGAUGGCAGUUACACCCAUUGAGCAGUGGGACUCCAAAUCAGAGCGGCAACAGAAGCCAGGUAACUGUUGCCAUGUUUACCAGCUUGGGUGGCUCUGGGGACCACGGUAUCCAAGAGGAGCAGAGCUGAGCAUUGACGCUUCAGCCCUGUGCACCUGGGGCACGCCUCUCUGGUGCCAACUAAGCACAAACAGGUAGGAGCUCUGGUCAACAGGGAAUUCUGAGCCUGUCACAGCCAGCCUGCUCCCAGCCACCCAGACAAGGGAGCUGUGGGCCGAGCCUGGGUUUCCCCCUCACAAACCAGGACUGCUGGGGAGCUGUGGAGAGGAGGGUGAAGCAACUUGCAGCCCUGGGGCUUCUUUGGAGUCUAGUUCUGGUUGAUGCUCUGGGCCUCAAGGCUCAGGGCCAGGAUGCAUGAGGAAGAUAGGGGGCAGGUGCAUGUCAAGGAUAUGCCCAUUUCUUAAAAGAUGAAAAAAGGGGUCCUACCAUAGUUUCAGGUACCAUAAUAUUAUCGACUUGGGAGUCACAACUUAUGCCCCAAGUGAGAUCCAGCCACCUAUCCUCAAUAAGCCAAUUACAAGAGCCAAAUUAAAAGGGGUAAACAGAAAAAGGAGAUUUAUUUAAUGUGGCUGUGCUGGGAAGAGGGACAAAGGGAUCCAGAGAGCCUCCAGAGCCAGUCUUCAGGGUCCUGCAGUGAAACCAGAGUUUAAAUAAAAGCCAAGGAUAUUGUGUCUAGGCAGUCCUGGUCGAGGUGUGGCCCCGCCCACCGCUGACCCAUCGUUGGUUGUCCAAGCUUCAGUCUCAUCCUGGAAGGCGGGCUGACAAGUUAGAAUCUCUUCCAGCAGAGAUCUGGCUGGGGCCUUUUCCUUCUCCCUGGUGAGAGUCCUGGGGAAAAUUACCACAUUUUAUUGGGUCCAUUGUUUCAGGAGUCAGGUUACACAAGAGUCCCUCUAGAGUAUCUCUACAGGGUCACCCAGCAGACAGGUGUCCAGUCCAGAUAUGGAUCCUGAGAAGUGGGCCUUUGAGGAGGAUCCACCCCUCAGCUCUUUGUUCUCAAGGCCUGUCUCUGUGCUAGGGUCCUAGAAGGGGGGGAGCUUCAGCAAUGCCUCCAAGACACGAAGAGCAAACAGAAGACCUUGAACUGUGAGGAAAGUCAUCAGAGGACUGGAAAUAGAGUUCCAAAAAUUUGUCCUUGACAGCCUGGGACUACACAGAUCCACCCACGUUCCCAGCACUUUGAGAAUUGCUUAAUGUUCUGCAAAUUAUAUGUAAAUUUAUGCAAAUUCCAUGCAAAACCCCCAGGAUUGUAAGGAUGCAAACUGCUCUGAGGAAUUUGGGGUUUGGUCCACACACACACCCCCAUUUAAUGCUGCUUUGGUGACAUCAUAAAGCAGGAAGGCCAAGUUCCUUCAUUUUGGUUUUGUGCAAAUUUUUCUUGUCCAAACUUUCUUUUAUGACCUUUUAUAGAGACCAAAUAACUUGUCACCACAUACUCACUAAGAGAUAUUUCCCAAGAAAUGAUCAAGCUUGAUCAGGUAGAUCAGUGGUCUUCAACCUUCCUAAUGCUAAGACCCUUUAAUACAGUUCCUCAUGUUGUGGUGAUCCCCCCAACUAUAAAAUUAUUUUUGUUGCUACUUCAUAACUGUAAUUUUGCUACUAUUAUGAACUACUAUUUGCUACUAUUAUAAAUAAUUUUGGAGAUAGAGGUUUGCCAAAGGGGUUGUGACCCACAGUUUGAGGACACCUGAGCUAGAACAACAAGUAACCCCCUCCAUUCCUUCAGAAUGCAAGCAUCCCUUCACCUGAAAUAAGACCUGGGCUCCUGGUUGUGCCUCAGGCACAAGUGAGACUCAGAUCAGGUCUUAGUGUCUGGUGGCAGAGGGACCAGGUCGUGGCUCAGGUCCCUCUCUGCCACCCCAGACACUGAGACCUGCCUUGAGUCUCACUCCUGGGCUGGUGGGAUGCUGCUGCUUUUCCCAAAGCAAAGCUAGAGAUGUACUUUGUCGUAAUUGUUGUCUUUUGACCGCACAGAUGGGGAUGUUGACACAUCUGUAAUUUUGAAGCGGCUCCUCCAUCACUGGUCAGUUUGCUUCUGAUUUGCGUCAGAGCAUAGCACCGAGCUUUGUCUUGUAAUUUCUGUUUCCAGUCCUUACUCAUGAGUCCCUAUGCCUGGAUGCUUUCUCAAGCCACUUUAGUUUCUAUGAAGAAGCAAAAGAGGCCUCUGGCCCCAGAUGUCCACUGGUGCCUGGAUGCCAGUCUGCAUCCCUCUGCUUUUCCUGCAGUUGCUGGGGCAACUCUGCUCUUUUUUCUGCAUGUGGUGGGUAAGAUUGAGGAAGUUAUGGUGUUUUUGGUUUACCUUCUGGGAAAGGGCCAAGUGCACUGGUACAAAACAAACCAGUUCUGGAGACUCUGAUGCUCUCUGGAAAGUUCUAGCAACCAGCAGAUUUCACAGAGGGCAAGUCCUAAUCUCAGCACACAGUGGCACCACACAUCUCCAUUCUACCCUUAGCCCUAGGGUGCAAGUCUCAUCCUCCUCAUUCAGCCGAGCAAGAUCUUCCAAUACUUUGAGGUCUGUGGACGUACUGCUUCUCUCACGCACCUUUUAGGACACAGAGGGAAACGUAACACAGAUUUCUGCACUGCACACAGACACGGGGACACAGACUGCUUCUUUCCUCCAUAGAACAGGGGGUAUGUUUGGUGCUCUCACUGACGCUGGGUGUUGUGCUAGGCCCAGGAGUCCUGGGAUUUGCUGAGACCACAGAGGUGCAGUGGACUGGAGUGUGGGUCUUGCUUGCUGUUUGAGGAAGUCCCCAAUCCCUUCUGACAACCUGACUUCAGCAGGUGUGGGAGUAAAAGACCUUUGCUGCUCUGGGCUUGGGGACUCUCAGGACGGCAGCAUUGGGAAUAGGAAGAGGAGGUGGGACCCACAGCGUGGGGCUCCUCUCCAAAGUAUCUCCAGAUCUCUACAAGUACCUGCUCACCAGUCACCCCAGCUGGGAGCCCUGGGCCUGUAAGCUGGUGGCCUGCUUUCUCUGUCUUCAUCCUUGGUCAAGGCUUUGGGGCUGGUGCAGAGCACGCAAGCAGGACUUUUGUUGAGGGAAUACGGAAGGGGCUGGAUGGGCAGAGACACCUAGCGUGUCUGGGGUGGGAGUUCCGGCUACUCUCUAGUCUGUGAAAGGACAAGGAAAGGCUCCCAGAGAGAACUGUCCCCAGCCCUGCUCCUGGCCAUAGCAAGGCACCCACUCUGCCCCACGGAAGGUGCUAUCAUCAGUCGGCCACUCUUGUCCUGGCGCUUGCCUCAGUUGCUCUGGCCUUAGCUGGCCUUGGAUGGAGGCCACUUGGGUACCGUGAAGGAGGUCCCUGACCCAUCCCUUCACUUGUUAGGAUUGUCAUGAUGCGAACUUGCCAAGAGAAAUGUUUGACCUUAAGACCCAGCUCCUGAUGGCAGACCCUGCUGCUUCUGCCACAGGAAGGAAGGUGGAAGAAUCUGCACACUGUAUCCCCUCCCAACCGCAAACAUCAAAUGUGCAGGAGGGCAGCUCCAGACUGAGUAGUCUGACUUGGCUUACGUCUUCUUGGCCAUGCUUUCUGCUUCACUUUCAACACAACUGAACGAGAUGUGUCCAAAGCCACUCCCUUCCUGCUGCUGGCUCGGCAUCCCCUAGGAUUCACACAGUGCAGGCUGUUGCAGUUCACUGGUCCUUCACAGGGCAGCAUUCCCUUCUCAGAGCUUCUUCACAUCUGCAAGGCGCAGCCAGGACUACUCGUGGCCUGUAGCCAGAAUAGCCUCCAUGUGGUACAGGGAGCAGAAAGGCAGGGACCUCAUGGUGACUGGGGUGAAGCAGCAGGAAGCCCAUGUCAACCUCUGACGUAACCCUGGCUCCCCAGGACCUACUUUCUCUCUUCUCCCUGGACCUACCUGUGCCUUCUGUCCCUGUGCUCCUGGGAGAGAAGGAGAGACAGAGAGGGCGACAGGUAAGGGGACUGAGAAAGGUGGAGACAAGUCAUCCUGGGCCCCUGAUGCCCAGAGUAAUGUCCUUUUGGAGGGAAGAAUGCAUCUGCAUUCAGGAACCAUGCAUCAGGCAGCUGGAAACAUCUGCCAUGAGUAGGUGUGCCAGGAGUCUGGUGAGGUCAGCGGCAUCUAACUGGGUGGUGCUGGGAAAGGAGGGGGUUCAGGUGCCUUCUGGGAAUAGAGCUCUCUCCCGGCCUGAUCUUCUUGGCAUCUAUGGGUCAGGUCAACCCUCCCUCAUCUGCUAAUACCGCUGCAGGCCAAGAGGCUUAGGUGGGUCUCCAUGGCAACCGCAGCUGGCCUGCCUUCAGGUUCUGCAGGGAGUUGUGGCUCAGCUCUGGGGACCUACACGCACUCCACAAACACCAGCCCAGCUGGGGCCUUCCUCCAGUUGGUCCCUCCAGUAAAACUUCUCAGACAGGAGAAGCAGAAAGCACCGGAGGCCGCCGGCAGCGGAAGAGGCAGAGAGAGGCUGUGAGGAUGCUGUGCACCCUUCUACCUCUGCCCCUGUACAACCGCUCAACUUUCCACUUUCCCUAGACUGGGAAGUGGGAAGCAGGACCCCUACGGUGUCAUUGCCCCAGAAGGAGGUGGAUCUCAGCAGGGGCUGGAGGACCAUGUCCCUCAUCCCAUGGCUCCGGUGGAACGACACCCCACCCCGGCUGUCUGCCCGGAGCCCAGCGGAGAUGGUGCUGGAGACGCUGAUGAUGGAGCUGGCUGGGCAGAUGCGGGAGGUGGAGAGGCAGCAGAGGGAGCGUCGCAGCGCGGUCAGGAAGAUCUGUACUGGAGUGGACUACAGCUGGCUGGCCAGCACGCCCAGGCCUACCUAUGACCUCAGCCCUGGUGAGCGGCUGCAGCUGGAGGAUGUAUGUGCCAAGAUCCACCCAUCCUACUGUGGGCCUGCCAUCCUCAGGUUCCGACAGCUGCUAGCCGAGCGGGAGCCCGAGGUGCAGGAGGUGGCGCGGCUCUUCCGCUCGGUGCUGCAGGAGGCCCUGGAGAAGACGAAGCAGGAGGAGGAAGCCCAUAAGCUGACGCGUCAGUGGAGCUUGAGGCCCCGAGGCAGCCUGUCCUCCUUCAAGAGCCGAGCACGCAUCGCUCCUUUCGCCAGUGACAUCCGGACCAUCUCGGAGGACGUGGAGCGUGAUGCGCCACCCCCACCACGCACCUGGAGCAUGCCGGAGUUCAGGGCGCCGCAGGCCGACUGACCUCCCUGGGCGGUCACCUGCAGGAGGGAAUGACAGGCCGGUGACCGGGUUGCCGGUGCUGGAACCUCCCCACCUACCCGGAACAGGAGACCCACCAAACAGCACAGCUGAACCACCUGAGCCACCUACCCAAGUGUGCACACCUGCUUGGCUACAGGGAGGAGUCAGGACUGGAGCCCUGUUCCUCCCCAACAGGAUGCAUACAUCCCGCUUCCCAGCCUGAUGCAUACACAAGGCCUGGUGCUGGAGCAGGCGCUUUCCCAUCUCCUACCACUGUCUGGAACAAGGAACAAGUGUCUGCCUCUUUGGCAAGGCCUGCAUUCUCAUCCCAAUUUCCAGGAUGCCCCAUUCACCCUACCCAUUUGGGGCACCUUUUCUGGUGACCAGAUGGCACUCACUGCAGGGGAGCCACAGCCUCGGGGCCCAGGACAGCUGGUGGGGACCACAGAGAUGGUUCAACUCACUCUUCAGCUAGUGAGUGAAAAGUGGAGUCUCCCAAGGAUCUCACUGCUUUUGCCUUAACUCUGAUCCCUCCAAUGUGGAAUUGUUCCUGCCUUUGAGUCCUUGGGCUAUGAUGGGACAGGACCAAUGAAUGGCCGCUUGUCCACCCAUUGUAGUCUUAUCUAUCCCUUAUACAACAUGGGUCGGGGUGGGGCCAAGGCUGCUCCCCCAAAAAAGUAGCUAGGGAUAGUUAGGAUGACCAUAACCCACAGGAUGUCAUCCGUGGAGUGUGGCCAGUCCCGAGUCAGGGCUUGGAAGCCUUCAGACCCGCUGCUGGAGCCAAGGCAUCUGAAGUCCAGGCCUUCUGUUCACACCAGCUCUCCAGCUUUCCUAGGAAGUAAGGUCACCUCUGGUGCCUGAGAAAACCAGUCCCAAGUAGCAUCCUAUAGUUUCAUGCUCUAACUGAUGGUGCAUGUGUGGGUCACCUGUGAAAAAUCUGGAAGGCCAGGUGUCACCACACUCUGGGGCAGAAGUGGGGUUCAGGGUAGUGGGUGAGCAAAGUGUCUGUCUCUAGCUCCCAGUGCAUGCCCAGAAAACACAAGUGAACCUUAUAAUAGUCCAAAUAAAAUGCCAGGGGAGGGAAAUCACCCAGUAAUGCAUGGGAGGGAAAUCACCGGGAAAUGCAUGUAGUCCCUGGCUCAGUGGGAAGUCUGUGUGUGUGUGUGUGUGUGUGUGUGUCUCCUCCCCUUCCCUUCCCUCUCCUCUCCCCCUCCCCUCUUCUCUCUCCUCUUCCCUCUCCUCUCCUCUCCCCUCUCCUCUCUCUUCCCUCUCCUGUCUCUUCCCUCCUCUCUCUUCCCCCCUUCCCUCCUCCUCCCUCUCUUCUUCCUUUUCCUUCAAGACAGGGUCUGACUAUUCUGGCCAGCUAGUCAUGUGAUUCUCCUGCUUCAGCCUCUUGAGUGCUGAAGCUACAGAACAGAUACUCUUUCUAAGUGAUCUGGUUUGGGGUUACUUCACUGGAAUCUGGAUAGAGAAUGACAGGAUGGCACACACCUCUUGUCCACCAUUGUCAGGAAGAAGGAGCUGAUUGGCUCUUUAAUAUAAUCACUUCUAAAUAAAAACACCUUAAGCAUGUCUUUUACUGGAAGAUAUUGAAAAGUUCACUCAGUUGCCAAACUUUGAAUGGAGGUCCAAAGUGACCUGUGUUGUGUGAUGGAGGUUCCAUCGAUUCGCCGGGUUUGUGGAUGCUUCAGCUGUGACACUAAGAACUGAGAAGACUUUGAAACAAACAAGUCUACAGUUGGGAGGAAUGUUGAGGGAGCUGGAGUGCGCCAGGCACCCUGGCCUCGGCCCUCACUGGCCCCAAUGUGAGCAGAGGGAGGUUCAGAAGAGCCCUCAGAGGACUACUGAUUUCUCCUUCCAGGUCUCAUCAAAGGAAAGGAAAACCGGAGGUGGGGAACUUGCUCCUGGAUGACAGGCAGCUGAGGCCGACGUCCUGCCAGGCUCCUCAGUACUGUCCGGCUUUGUCCCAUCUCAUCUGUGACACUAAAGCCUGCAAGGGCCCCAGAGCUGGGCCUCUGCACCCAGGCUGUUAGAGGGACUUAUGACACUUGCUGUCAUUCCUACUUAAAAAACACCCAGGAACAGCAAACAAAAGUGUCUGAUGAGUGGCUGGUGGUGGCGGGAGUGGGAGGGCUGGAUGCCCAGGACAAAGAUGGAUUCCCUCUGCAUGUAGCUCAGAGCCUCUGCCUGCUAAGCUGGGGCUGGAGCUGCGUUACUGAUGCCUGCAUUUUAUUUGUGGCACUAUUUAUUUGUUAUGAAAACUUUCAAGUACUAGAAAGUAAAGGGAGCUUUACUAGUUAUUAAUAUUUAAUAAUAUUAACAACUAAUAUUUCACGUUUUAAUAUCUCAAUCUGAAAUUUGGGCAGAUACUUUAAAAAGAAUCUCAGAUAUGAUUCUUCACUCCUGAACACUUCAGUGUGCUCUGCAAAAGAGAACAUGUUACUCAGAAGCUGGGGUAAAAAAAGAUGGCUGGGCAUGGUGGCACAUGCCUUUAGUCCCAGCACUCAGGAGGCAGAGGCAGGCAGAUGUCUGAGUUCCAGGCCAGCCUGGUCUACAAAGCAAGUUUCAGGACUGUCAGGACUACACAGGGAAACCCUCUCUUGAAAAACAUAUCUAAAUAUAAAGCAUUGCUGUUCUAUUAUCUAAUAACUAGUCCACACUGAAAUUACCUCAACUUUCUCCAACAUAUGACUCCUGCAGUUCGUUUCUGAGAAUGAGGGUCUUGUCAAAUCCUUCACUUCGACAAGAAAAUUAUGAUUUGCCUAUACUCAGUCACACAGUCCUACGAUGGAAUACUGUUUAUGGAGUACCAUGUUGAUAGGCAGUUAAUAAAGGAUAGUGACCCUGAGAGUCAGCCAAA